AUGGCGUCUCCCAUACCUCCAGAUCCUUACCACGCUCUGGGCGUGACAAAAGAUGCCGAGCUGUCGGCAAUCCGCAGCGCUCACCGUAAACUUGCACUCAAAUUCCACCCAGACCGAAUACAAGAUGAAGUGCUCCGGGAAAAGGGCAAAGACGAGUUUCAGAAGAUUCAACAGGCUUACGAGAUCUUGAGUGACCCUGUCAAAAGGCAGCGAUACGACGAUAAAGUACGGUUGGCAGAGUUGAGGAAAGAGGCCUUGACGAGAGAUCCGCCACCCUCUACCACGAGAGCAUAUCCUAUGAGACCUGCGCCGCAAGCUACCCCCAUGUCCACAAGAGAAUACCGGGAAGACGGGAAUUUCUACGAAGAAGUCCGGCAACCAAGGAACGCCGCUCCUUAUGAUCAUUAUGAUCCUUACGAUGAGCCUGCUCCGCGGCCCACUGGUCGAAAAUACAGCGACUAUGAGAAAAGGGCUCCGCCACCCGCCCGAGCAGCCGAGAAGACGAAGAAAAAUCCUAGCGUAGCCUCGGGUAUGAUGGCUGCGGCCUUUGCUGCGACACUGAAGAGCCGAGCAGAAAAAACAAGGAAUAGCAAAGCGGACGAACGGAGGACAGACAAAGAGAAAAAGCGCGAGAGAAGCGAUAAGAUGCAUACCCGCAAGACUGCGUAUGUCGAAGACUCCGAUAGCGAAGUUGACUAUCAGGAGAUCAGACCAUCGUUGAAGACUACUUCUCGGUCGAAAACGACCUCUCAUUUCGAACCAACGGCAGAGACUACACGCAAAGCAUCAGCUCGGACAGCUCGAGCCCGUGACUAUGAUGAUGACAGCGAUGACAAGUGGGAGAAACAUCAUGAAGACAGCAAGGCUUACAUGGCAAAAGCUACAAAUCGUCCAAGUCUCGAGAGAUCUGGCUCAGAUGCCAUGUACUAUUGGAACUCAAGCAACAAUAGGCGCAGUAGCGAGAGUGAAAGACGACCGGAUUCAUCCAAGGGCCGCAGAACGCAUGUCGAUGACUACUUUGCUCCACAAUUCACGAAGUCGACCUCAUCCCCUUCCGAUCUCCGAACCCGUGUCGAAGAGCGGGUGCCACGGUCGUCUGUUGGUAUCACACGCGACCGGGGUCGUGAUCGGGAGCGAGAGCGGGAGCGAGAGCGGGAGAAGGACAGCCAUCGUGAAUGGCAGCGGGAGCGGGAGCGGGAGCGGGAACGGGAACGCGAUCGCGAGAGAGAUCGGGACCAUCGCAAGAUGGUGCCACCUGGUCUACACCGCGCCCAGACAGCACCAAUACCCAAAGCCGGCUCCAAGAGAGAGCAAGGCACUAGCAAAGGGUCCGGCCUCAAGCAUAGUGAGACGCAGCUGCACGAUUCGGGCUACGGGAGUAGCUCGGGUCCGCAUACUCCCGAGAUGAGAGAUGAAAGCCCGCCUAGGUCGGCCAAAACCCGCACCAAGUAUCAGAUCAAGCAAGAAAUCGAUGGCGAUGAAAACAUGCGAAGCCAUCAUCGCGUCAAUAAGAUUUGGGACGAAUAUGACGAAGCGCCUGAACCGCGUUUUGGCCGAGGAUACCACCGAAGUCCAGAGUCUACAAUCCGGGAGCCACUCCCACGGGAUUUCGAGCGUCGCAAGGACAAAGCUGAGCACCCCAAGGUCGAUACCACAAGUCGUUCCAAGUCGUCUCGUGGAGCGUCAUUGAUGUCUCCGAUGACAAACCCCCCUCCCGUACGAAAAAGUGGUUCCGGACGAUUCGAGGAAGUACCUUCUCCUCGGUCCCCUCGGGAUACGCCUCCCGUCUCGCGUCAUAACAGCGCCCGUGAUAAGUUGUUUGCAGAACUGUCCCCAGACGAGCGCGAGACCCCCCGGUACAGCAGACCAUAUGCCUCCGACAAGAUCAACACCUCCUCAAGACGCGAGCCAGUUUAUACCAACUAUGCAAGGGAGCCGUCCGAGUAUCGCGACAACGAGUACAGCCCACGCUUCCGCGAAUCGCCACGUACUACUCGACGACCCUCGGUCAGUGUUGGAGGCUAUUAA